AAAGUGCACAAGCUUCGUGUCUAGAGCCAAAGGUGUUUGCUAUAUAGAGAUUGGUCAGACAAUGCCCGACGAUGUAGAUUUUUUAUGUCGAGGGGCUGCGCCUCCCCCAGACGCUUCAGCCUCACAGUUCUGUUCUAGGCGGUUGCGACGUGCGCCGCCCUAGUUCCUUCUCCGACCCAUCCCCAUUAGCAUCAUCCGGCGCGUCACCAUCCACACGGCAACCACACCCAUCUUUCUUGGAAUCCCUAACUUCACGUAUCUUGCGCAAUGGGUAUACCGAUCGGAUGGAAUGUGAAGCGCGAGGAAGCAAAGGAGAAAGAUGUACUUCGAGCCGACAUCGCCGGCUCACGCUCACCCAUCCGGCGCCGCGCAAGACCCAACAGAUCACCGCGUCCUCGCAGCACACUCGAUACCGAUUUCCUCAUCUCUGCUCCGCAUAUCGAGUGGAUACCUCGCUCGUCACAUCGCGCGCGUUUGGCGCCGCCACCUGUUCCUGAAGUCUCGAGGACCGAAUACCGCAGCAACGAGGCUUCGAGGCACCCACCUACUCUACAGCGCGACGAGAGCAGCGUGCGCCGUUCGCGCAGUCGUCUUGAUGGCUACAUGCGCGCCCACGAGAUGCGCGCCACUCCCGACCACGAGCGCCCCUUAGCAGCCUUCACCCCAGGAUUUGCGCCAGCUGCAGCUUCGCGGACGUCAGAAGCAGAAGCACAACGCGAUGCGCAAGACCCUUUUUCACGCCUGCGAGGGUACACUUCAUACCGUCGCGCCACUGGACGAUCAACGCGAACACGUUCCCAGAGUCCCCGUGCUGACCCAUCUGGGGCGCGAGGCGACACUGCGAAUGUGCCCGAGGAAAGCCACGAGACAGGCGAGAACAACGCCGUAGCUUUCCCUCCACUACGCAGGAUGGGUCGCCGUACUAUUGCGGAUGGACCGCUACCCGCCAGCUCCUUGCGCGAGUCUUGGAGCCCUGUUGCUACACUGGACGGCCUGGGCGACCGGAAUCGCAGUGUCAGCCCUUUUGACGAUCAGUUGCAAUGGGACAGUUUUCUCACCACUGUCGUCGACGACCCUGUCGCACCAACUGCGGGGUCAUCCUUUGCAUCAGCCGCAGCGUCAGCCUCAUUCACAAACUCGCAUACCAGUUCGCGAGCGGGAAGUGCCAAUUCGGCGGCAUCCUCGCAAACUCAUCUUACAGUGCCAUCCCGACGUCACUCACCUCCACAAAACGAACAAUUCAUGCGGGCAUGCGAUACCUCGGAGGAUGACACAGCAUCAGAUACCGAAGAAGAAGAAGAAGAAAUGGAUAUACGUGGCAGUAUACGUCGUCGUACAGGCACAGAGGCUUUUAGAAACCGCUUGGGUAUCUCACACUCGGCUGAGCCUCGCCGAAGAAUGCGGCCGUCGUAUUUCUCCAACGAGCCUCCUGCGCGAGAUAUAGAGCGUUACUCACUCCGCGUAAUCGACCGAUCCCGAGACGCCAGCGAAGUCGUUCGCAGCUUCUACAACUCGGGCAUUUGGAGAGAUGUCGAGACAGAAGUGGCGCAGAGGCCACAAAUACCACAGCUUGAUGGACCUUCAGAGGAAGCUGCGAGCGCCAGCGACAACGAGAGCAUUCCUCCACUUGUCCGUGCCGACUCACCGCCGCCGCCGCCACUAGAUCAGGAGCUCCGUGACGCGCGGUCGUUGCUGGAGCGUCUUGCGCGCAGAGAAGAUGUUAGUGACGACUUUUGGGCUUCGGUAGGCUUGACGCGGUCUUUUGCCGACCCUGUUGAGCGCUUUCAGGAGCUUGAGCGGUUGUGAUCUGACUUGCUAUCCCCACUGCUUCCGUUGGCUUGGCUGGUCCUGCCACUUUGAUGUUUGUCCACUUCUGCUGCAAUCAUGCUGUUUACGUUGCACUUUCUUGGUAACUAUCUACCGAUUGGCAUUUGGCCGCUUAAUGCUCGUGUUACGAAAAGUUAUGCUCCACAAUGUGAAGACAUCUGUGGAUGGCUUGGAACAAGUUCUGGGAGAAUCAAUCGUGGAUUUCGUACUCCUUACGAUGGAUGACUUAUUCAAUAUCGUUAUGUAGCUUGAGUUCCUAGAAAGAGGAACAAGAAUAAGACACAACUUAUUCUGCACCACCCUCACGUGUUCCUCCCCAAUCUCAUUCAUCAACUCUGUGGUCGUCACACGUAUCAUACUAU